GCACUCGAGCCCCGUCCGCCCGCGCCGUCAGGGGAACCGAGCUGAGAAUGAGCCCCGUCUGCCCGCUCCGUGAGGGGAACCGAGCUGAGAAUGAGCCCCGUCCGCCCGCGCCGUCAGGGGAACCGAGCUGAGAAUGAGCCCCGUCUGCCCGCUCCGUGAGGGGAACCGAGCUGAGAAUGAGCCCCGUCCGCCCGCGCCGUCAGGGGAACCGAGCUGAGAAUGAGCGGCCUUGCACCGCCGUGAGGGGAACCGAGCUGAGAAUGAGCCGCCUUGCACCGCCGUGAGGGGAACCGAGCUGAGAAUGAGCCGCCUUGCACCGCCGUGAGCAGGACCGGGAACGAGCCCCGUCCGCCCGCUCCGUGAGGGGAAGCGACACUGAGCCCAGUCCGGGGCUAUCUCCGUGAGGGGAACCGAAGUGGGACUUGCAAAAUGUGGACUACGUCAAGAUCAUCUUAAAUGAGAAUGUUUUUUGAUGUAAACGCUUUGUACACUUUCAAACCUAGUCAGCAAGAAAGGAGACCUAAUGAGUGGAAAGACAGCAGCUAGCAGCCCUUAGUCAAAGACAUAUGGUAACUAACAAGAUUUAGGGGUGCAGUAAAUAAAAAUGUGUAUGUAUACAUUGAUAAUUUGGCAAAAGAUUCAAGAUCUUUAUAUCCAACAGCUGAACUAUCUUCAUUAUAAUACUUAAAAUCAUGUCUAUGGGUCAAAAAGACCCUGACCAGAUGCAGACCCUUCCCUGAGCAUGUGGAGAAGUUAGCUAGGCAUUGGCUAACUUGUAUGGAAAUUACUAAAUAAUCGAGGGGCUGACCUUGGAAAAAGACUAACUCUGAACUUCUGUAAAUAAUGGCAUGGAAAGUCCAGUGGGGUGUGUUGGAUUUGUGCAAACCCACCAAGCAUCCAGACUUGUGCAAAUAAUCAGUGUCUCUCUCAAGGGUGUAAUUAUUGGUGUGUUGCACCAAUAAAUCUGAUUUUGUGGACAACAGGACAGAGUCACCCUGGGGAGAACACCUGGAGAUCCAGGCUACACCCAGAGAAACCAGCCCUAUCCUUCCCCACACUUCUUGUUCCACCCCGAACAGAACCAUUCCAAAUAGUUUUUUCUAUGUGAAGGUGCCCUGAUGAGCAAGCCUGCCCUGGGAACAGAUCUUCCACCAGCCAGAGGGAACCAGUGACCCAGAAACAGAGACUUUAUAGAUCCAUGAAAAAGCAGCCUGCCACAUGCUGUGCAGCCAGAUCCUCCUUUUUUUGCCUGUUAUUUCAUCUUUCAUACAGCCUGUAGCAUCACAUUUCUGUUUACAUGUAUGAACUAUACACUCAUCUUUUCAGUGUAAAGACCAUAUCUGUAUCAGUAUGGAUGGAUGGCAUGCUAACAACCAUUAAUUAGAAGUAACAUACAUCAGCAGAUGAUGCAGAAGAAAAGGAGUGAGCGGACUUUAUGGGUACUACCUCCAGUACAAACUACCAUUAGCAUUAGUGUAUUACAACAAUGUGCAUUAAGGGAAAAUACUGGCACAGGCUGCCCAGGACAGUGGUGGUCACCAUCCCUGUGAGUGUUCAAAAAAUGUGUGGAUGUGGCACUUGGGGACAUGGUAUAAUGGUGACCUCGGUAGUGCUGCAUUAAUGGUUGUACUCCAUGAUCUAAAAGUGCUCUUCCAACCUUUACAAUUCUAUGACUCUAUAAAAAGUGAGAAGGAGGAGGGGUUACCAAAUUUCCAUCAUUUGCUGUUAAAUUUUAAAGAUGGAAAAUGCUACUAACACUUUUCAGUUAAUUCACUGUAUCUGAAGGCAUGAAAAACCAGGAUCCACUGAAUCUACCUGCAGCUGAAGGGCACUAAUGAGCAGCUAUUACUUAUUUGGCUAAAUCUUGUAACCUGAGUCUUCGUGGUGCACACAGGAGACGGGUGAAUGCUGCUGGAUAAGAGCCUCAAGCAGCCAGACUAAAGAUUUGAUGAAAUGCUCCUAUUAUGAUACUUUGCAGCCUGUAGCAAUUGGUUACCUGAUCCUCUGCUGUACCUGAACCUCAUUGUUGCAGCUUUUAAUAACUGAAUAUCCAGACGACCUAUAAAGGUGCCUUUGAAGAAAGAACUGACAGGAGUCAGUAUUCCCAGCUCAACAUGGGCAACAAGCAAACCAUUUUCACUCAAGAGCAACUGGAUGCAUAUCAGGACUGCACAUUCUUCACAAGGAAAGAAAUUUUGAGGCUGUUUUACAGGUACCGAGAUCUGGCCCCGCAGCUCGUUCCCCUUGACUACACUGACAAACCAGCCGUGACACUUCCCUACGAGCUCAUUGGCAGCAUGCCAGAGCUCAAGGACAACCCAUUUCGCCAGCGGAUAGCAGAAGUGUUCUCAGAGCACGGAGAUGGCAACAUGACUUUAGAUGACUUUUUGGACAUGUUUUCUGUGCUAAGUGAAAUGGCUCCCAGAGACUUGAAAGCUUAUUAUGCUUUUAAAAUUUAUGAUUUCAACAAUGAUGAUUACAUAUGCAAAUCAGAUCUAGAGAAAACUGUUAACAAAUUAACCCGAAAUGAACUGACCCCGGAAGAAGUCAGCCUUGUGUGUGAAAAGGUGAUUUACGAGGCCGAUGUGGAUAAUGAUGGCAAACUGUCCUUGGAAGACUUUCAGCAUAUGAUCGUACGAGCUCCAGAUUUCCUCAGCACCUUUCAUAUUCGAAUCUGAAUCUAGUCAAACAUGGGGACGGGAGCACUUCUGGGACUUUCAACAACUAUUACUUCACCUGAGAUUACCAACCAUGAGAGCACAAGAUGAGAGGGGCAAAGAGGACAGCUUCUGGUAACUGAACCAGUCAGAGAACUGUCUUUCGUUUCUCUCUUUAAAAGGAACAAUUCAUUAAGCUCUUCAUCAGGAUUGUAAUUUAGAAAAAUGUCUACUCCCCACCCUCAGCUAGAGCAAACCUGGCCUGGACAGUCAAGAGAGAAGUAUUUUGUUUUAAAGUUCAGAUACCACCAGGUAGUGAAGGAACUUGUACCAAGCUACAACCUCUAAAAAUUCACCCCAAAAAUGCCUGAACAAGUAAAAACAUCCCUUUAGUUUCAAAACCGUAAGUAACUCCUCUGAUUAUUUAUGGUCUUAAUAAAUGGUCCAGUGAAUCAAUUCCUGAAGUGUUCUCCCACAAUGCAGAUUUACAAUUAAAAAGUCAGCAUAGUUUAGAGACAAAAGAGUCCAGCCCAGGUCCUGUCCCUCUCCUCCAUUUUUGGAAAUCCCUUAUUUUCCACACCCACCAGGCUCCCUAUACACAAAUGAUGAAUAGGACUGACAAACUUUUAAGUUUGUAAAAUUCUCUUUUCAAAAGAAGUUUAUUUAUGCAGUGCUCAGGGUCCUGUACAAGAGAGUAAAAACAGACACUGUAAUAAACAACAGUUUUGUUUUAAUACAAACAAGAAAA